CCCUCGAAAUCUUUCUCUUAACAUUUUCUGUCGCUUUCUCGAGAAAAUUCCAUCCCUCACCCGAACCAAUGCCGGACACCGGCGAAACCGACGACAACAACAAAAACAACUCUAUAAUUCACAUUCUUUCAUCAAAAACACCGUUGUUCAACCUUAAACUCUACUUAGUAAUCUCAAUCCUCGUAGUCUUCAUACUCGUGUUUUCUUUCACAAUCUUCCUAUGUUUUCGUUUAAACAGAAACUCGCGCAAGCAGAAAGUUAAGCAUAGCUCAAGACUAAUUCCGUUGGUCUCCAAAGAGAUCGUGGAGAUCAAGUCCUUGGAUCAUAAUGUAGAUUGCUUUACCGACGAGGGUAAGAUCGGAAAUGUGGUUCCCAAGAAGAGUAGCGAAGGAGUUAGCGAUGACGCCUCGGGAGCCAGUGACGUGUCGGUGGAUAUUCAGAAUAUCGGGUGGGGUCGGUGGUAUUGCAUGAAGGAGCUCGAGAUGGCAACGCGUGGAUUCGCCGAGGAGAAUGUGAUCGGUGAAGGCGGAUACGGUGUCGUAUUCAGAGGCAUUUUGCAAGACGGUUCUGUCGCUGCUGUAAAAAAUCUGCUUAAUAACAAGGGCCAAGCAGAGAAGGAGUUCAGCGUGGAAGUUGAAGCCAUUGGCAAAGUGAGGCAUAAGAACUUGGUGGGUCUAGUUGGGUACUGCAUCGAAGGUGCUCAAAGGAUGCUUGUGUAUGAAUACGUUGACAAUGGGAACUUGGAGCAAUGGUUGCAUGGUGAUAUAGGGCCCGAUAGCCCUCUUACGUGGGAUAUAAGAAUGAAGAUUGCAAUAGGAACGGCAAAAGGGUUAACCUAUUUGCAUGAAGGGCUAGAACCUAAAGUUGUGCAUCGCGAUGUAAAAUCAAGUAAUAUUCUUCUGGAUAAAAAGUGGAAUCCAAAAGUAUCAGAUUUUGGAUUAGCCAAGCUCCUAGGAUCUGAAAAAAGCUAUGUGACUACACGUGUAAUGGGGACAUUUGGUUAUGUAUCCCCGGAAUAUGCAAGCACAGGAAUGCUUAAUGAGGGAAGUGAUGUCUAUAGUUUUGGUGUUCUACUCAUGGAGAUAAUUACAGGGAGAAGCCCAAUUGAUUAUUCGAGGCCACCUGGAGAGAUGAACUUAGUUGAUUGGUUCAAAGGCAUGGUAGCAAGUCGUCGUGGAGACGAGCUUUUGGACCCAUUGAUAGAAGUUCAGCCCUCACCUAGAGCUUUGAAACGAGCAUUACUUGUUUGUCUCCGCUGUGUUGAUUUGGAUGCUAAUAAGCGCCCAAAAAUGGGGCAGAUUGUUCAUAUGCUUGAGGCAGAUGAUUUUCCUUUCCGCUUUGAGCAUCGGCUGGCACGAGAGAGAGACACUGUUCCAUCCUCUGUGCCAAUUUCCACGAAAGUUGCACAUCGAAAGCACAUUGAGAAAGUUGAUGUAGAGAAAUCGAGAUGGAGAUAAUUGUUGUUUGUUUACAGUUCCUGAGGUCAGAUUAUGUUGUAGAACAAGUUUUCCAUUAGUUCACAUGAAAAGAUUACACACCUUCGAUGUGCAUACAUGCAUAUAUAAUUUUUCUUACUUGGAUAAUUUUUGCUGAUACACUUGAGGCCUUGUAAAUAUGUAAUUGCUUUUUCAUAUUGAUAUUAUGCAUGUCUGUUUAAGGAUGUCAAUCCUCUCUAUUCCCACAUUAAUGAGACAUUGAUAUACUUGGUGUCUGCCAAUGACUUAAAAAAACAAUUGAAACUUGUGAAUUCAUUUUUGAAUUCA